AUGUCAACCAAAAUCUUGCCCAAGAAGGGCGAGCGCAAUAUUCUCAUUACCAGCGCACUGCCCUAUGUGAACAAUGUCCCUCAUCUGGGCAAUAUCGUCGGCUCCGUGCUGAGUGCCGAUGUGUUCUCGCGAUUCCACAAGGCUUCUGGUCGAUCAACACUAUUUGUCUGCGGAACAGAUGAGUAUGGAACCGCAACAGAGACUAAGGCAUUGGAAGAGAAGGUCACACCAGAGGAGCUUUGCGCCAAGUACAACAAAAUUCAUCAGGAGGUGUACGAAUGGUUCAAUAUUGGAUUUGACCACUUCGGCCGAACCCCAACUGAGCAGCACACCAAGAUCUCACAGGCCAUGUUCACGCGGUUGCACGAAAAUGGCUUCCUUGGCGAGCGCACUGCUGAGCAGCCCUUCUGCGAGCAGCACGGUUCUUUCCUGGCUGACCGUUACGUCGAGGGUGAGUGCCCACGAUGCAACUACGAUGAUGCACGUGGAGAUCAGUGCGAUAAAUGCGGCCACUUGCUUGAUCCAUUCGACUUGAUCAACCCCCGCUGCAAGCUUGAUGGCGCAACCCCGGUUCGCCGUGAGACAAAACACAUCCACCUUCUUCUGGACAAGCUCCAGCCAGAAGUGGAGAAGUGGGCAAAGGAGGCAAUUGAGAAGGGCGAUUGGCCCAAGAACUCGCGUGUCAUCACCGAGGCUUGGUUGAAGGAGGGCUUGAAAGAGCGUGGUAUCACCCGUGAUCUCAAGUGGGGUGUUCCCGUUCCUCUGGAGGGUUACGAGAACAAGGUGCUCUACGUGUGGUUCGAGGCUUGUAUCGGUUACCCCUCUAUCACCGCCAACUACACUGACGACUGGGAACUCUGGUGGCGCAACCCAGAGGAAGUGAAGCUGUACCAGUUCCUGGGUAAGGACAACGUGCCCUUCCACAGCGUCAUCUUCCCUGCCUCACAAAUCGGUACUGGCGAAAAGUGGACCAUGAACCACCAUCUCAGCGCUACAGAGUAUCUGCAAUACGAAAGCGGCAAGUUCAGCAAGUCGCGCGGAAUCGGUGUUUUUGGUAACAACGCCAAGGAGACCGGCGUUCCCGCGGAUGUAUGGCGUUACUACCUGCUGAAGAACCGUCCCGAGACUGGUGACACCCAGUUUGAGUGGCGCUCGUUCGUGGAUAGCAACAACAGCGAGCUUCUGGCAAAGCUGGGCAACCUCGUCAACCGAGUCAUCAAGCUCGUCGCUGCUUCUUACGACUCCACCAUCCCCGAGUUCACAACCCCAGAGGAUUUUAACCCCUUCCUGGAAGAGGUUACUACUCAUCUCCGUACAUACGUCACAGAGAUGGAGUCAGUGCACCUCCGUGCUGCCGUGUCAACUGCCAUGCGUAUCGUCGAGGCUGGUAACGGUUUGAUCCAGGCCAACCGCCUGGAUAACGCUCUGAUUGUCAACGACCCCGAGCGCGCUGCAGCUGUCGUCGGUAACGUUCUGAACCAGAUCCACCUCCUCGCCGCCGUCUUCUUCCCCUACAUGCCUGCCACUUCUAAGGCAAUCCUCGAGCAACUGAACGCUCCUGCCCUUAUCAUCCCUAACCUCGACGACCUCAAGGACGGGUGGAAACCCGUCAGCCUGAAGGGCGGCCACAAGAUCGGCAAACCCCAGUAUUUGUUCACCCGCAUUGACCCUAAGAAGGCUGACGAGUGGCGCGAGCUCUUCGGUGGCUCGCAGGCCGAGAGAAAGAAGAAGGCAGAUGAGGCCGCUGCAGUUGCCGCAAAGAAGGCUGCUGCUAAGCUCAAGAAGAAGGAGAAGAAGGAGAAGAAGGCCAGUGGUGUCGAGGCCACUGCCAAGGACGGCGCGGAGUCUACAGCUGAAGCGGUUGAUAAGAUCGCCGACGGUGUGUCACAGGUCACUCUUCCUACUUCGUAA